CAACGAAUCGAGCGUGUCGAAGGGUGGGGCUCAACGGCUCGCUGGCCGUCGUCAAGGGAGAAGGUUCCGGAAGCCGAGUCUGGUUUGAAUGGGCUUCUAUGAUUCUUAUUCUGGCUGACCAAGAUGGAUUUGAGAUCUGCAUCUUUGCCAUGUACUGAGGAACGAAGGUAAUGGCAAGUCAUCACUCAAAACAUCUUUGAGUGAAGCUUUACCAGACAAUGAAUCAAAGAUCUGUCAUUGUGCAGAGCAGACAUUGAACGAAGCUGGCAUGCCUAGUUCCCUUCUAUGGGCUGUGGAUGUACAUGGGAGAGUUUGUAGCCUCUCUACAGCUGGACAGUGCUGGGAGUUGUGCAAAGAUGAAAGCUUACAAUUUAAGAGACUGGCAGCUGUUAAGCAGUGCUGCUGGGGAAUUGCUUGCGACCAUCAGAUCUAUGUCUAUGUCCAUUCAAGUGAAGUCCCAAUCCAUUUCCAAGAAGAGACCUAUGAAAAUCAGCGAUGGAAUCCUGUGAAUGGUUUCAGUGACCGCCUUCUGCCCAGUGACCGCUGGCAGUGGAGUGAUGUUACAGGUUUGAUCCAUCAACCAUUAGAUGAGUUUAAACUUGCUUCACCGCACUGGGAGUGGGAAUCUGACUGGUACGUAGAUGAAAAUAUUGGAGGAGAGCCAACAGAAAAAGGGGGUUGGACAUAUGCCAUUGAUUUUCCUGCCACUUACACAAAAGACAGGCGGUGGAAUUCUUGCGUGCGCAGACGGCGAUGGAUCCGAUACAGAAGAUACAACGCGUGUGACAUGUGGGCAAAGAUUCCGUUACAAGAGGCAGGACCAUUGCCGGAUCCCUUUAAUGAUAUUGCAGUAGGAGGUUGGGAAAUCACUGAUGAACCUUUAGGACACCUUUCAGUCUGGGCAGUAACAGUACAAGGAAAGGUGUUUUAUAGAGAAAAUAUAAAUGACCAGAAUCCUGAAGGUUCAAUGUGGACUGAAAUCCAGACUCCUGGGGAAGUAGUUCAGAUAACUUGUGGACCAGGGGACCUUCUGUGUGCUGUAUUGUGGGAAGGUCAGCUGAUGGUGAGGGAAGGUGUAAACAGAGAGAAUCCUAAAGGGAGUUCUUGGAAGAUUGUUGAACCACCAAACUCUGAAAAUGGUCUUGUUCAGGUAUCAGUGGGCAUUAAUGUACUGUGGGCUAUUACACGGGACAGAAAAGUUUGGUUUCGAAGAGGUGUCUGCUCUGAGAACCCUGUGGGAACAGGUUGGAUUUGUAUGAAUAUAGAGAUGGUGAUGGUGAAUGUGGGAUUAAAUGAUCAGGUUUGGGGAAUCGGUUAUGAAGACCGUAAUAUUUAUUUCCGUCAUGGAGUGACACCUACUGAAUACAGUGGAAAAGCUUGGAAAGUAAUAGUAGCGAGCAGAGAACAUGACCAAGCCUCUCGUACAGGCAGUGCUACCAGUCUUGCAAGUGCUGGCUGUUUCUUUGGUGAUGAAGUUAGGUUGCCAUCACAAGUGUCUAUUAGCAGCGAAGUUGAUUUCUCCUUAGAAAUGGACAAACUGGCAAAGAAAACCGAAAAUGUUCUUGAAACAAUUGGUGACCGUGCAGGUUGUCUACAUGCCAGUGGAGACGGAGAUGGAGAUGUUGCUUCCAGGCCUGAGAUUGAGAAAAAAUAUGCUGAUGUUGCAAAUGUAUUUGAGACCAUCCCUUUAAUGGAAGUAUCUUCAGAGAAAUGGACACAACCUGUUGCUGAACGAUCUGUUUCCCAAGCUCCAUAUUUGAUGGACCAAGGGGGACCUUUGCAGCAUGGUGCUGAAUUGAUUAUUACUCACUCAGACUCAAACACAAACACAAUGAGCUCAGACCUGGCUGAAACAUCCAGUGUUUCUUCUGUAGGCACCUAUCCUUUUGGAAUCGAAGAACACUGUGUGUCUGAUGAGCGCCCACUCUGGGCCUGGGUCAGUGGAGGAGGUUGUGAAGUGGAAGCUCACGCCCAACUGAACUGGUUCACUCCCCAGUCAGGACAGCCAUUUUCUCAGCAGUCAUUCUCAAUGCCUGUUAGCUGCACCCAGCAAACAGUUUGGCGGAAACAGAUAGUUCAUCAGUUAACUGAACGGUCCAAACGGGAGCUGCAGGAUUUUAAACAUUAUGAGCAAGCAGUGGAACAGUCUGUGUGGAUAAAAAAGGGAGCAAUGCAAUGGUGGAGAGACGGAAAGCCCCACAAAUGGAUAGACGUCAAGGUAGCACUGGAACAGUUUACAGGGAAUGAUGGAAAACGGGAUGGCAUCUUUUUCAUUUACUACACAUUCAAUGAUGAGAAGAAGUACCUUCACGUGUUUUCAAAUGAAAUUACAAUUUUGGUUCCGAUGGCUAGUGAAACAAAACACUCAUUUGCUAUUUAUACUCCUGACCGCACAAAGCAGAGAUGGCCAAUCAGGUUGGCAACAACUACUGAGCAAGAAAUGUAUGACUGGCUCGCUGUUCUGAGUUUAGCAUGCUGUGACAGCAGGGAUCUCCAUGGACCCCCAUCUAACCAGGCCCUUUGGUCAGUCACGUGUAAAGGAGAUAUUUUCAUCAGCGAGCCAACCCCAAAUCUGGAAGCAGCACAAUAUCUUUUGCCAAGUGACCAAUUAUAUUGGCGUCAGAUUGGAGGACAUCUCCGUAUCAUUGAAUCCAACAGCCAAGGAAUUGUGUGGGGCAUUGGAUAUGAUCACACAGCCUGGGUUUACACUGGUGGAUAUGGAGGUGGCUUUUUUCAAGGUCUGGCUAGCAGUACAGAUAAUAUUUAUACACAAACAGACAUAAUGUGUGUUUACAUCUAUGAAAACCAGCGUUGGAAUCCUGUUACAGGAUACAGUAGUCGGGGACUGCCAACCGACAGGUAUAUGUGGAGCGAUGCAUCAGGUCUGCAAGAAUGUACCAAAGCACACACCAAACCUCCUUCACAGUGGACCUGGGUUUCCGAUUGGUACAUUGAUUUCAAUGCACCAGGAGGAACUGAUCGGGAAGGAUGGCAAUUUGCAGCUGACUUUCCUGCCUCUUACCAUGGUUAUAAGACGAUAAAAGAUUUUGUGCGACGCAGACGAUGGGCAAGAAAAUGCAAAAUAGUUACGACAGGUCCCUGGUUUGAGGUUGGACCUGUUGCACUCCGGGACAUUUCACUGAUCCCAUGUGUAUCACAGAAGGCAGAUGAUGCAUCGGCAUUGUGGGCCAUUAGCAGCAAAGGAGACGUCUUGUGUAGACUGGGAAUAACUAAGCAAAAUGCACUAGGUAUUUCAUGGCUGCACAUUGGUACAGAUCAACCAUUUGUAUCAGUCUCUAUCGGUGGCUAUUACCAGGUUUGGGCCAUUGCCAGGGAUGGAGCAGCUUUCUACCGUGGCUCUGUCUCCCCACAAAAUUGUACAGGUGACUGUUGGUACCACAUUCCACCCCCUUCCAAACAGAAGCUGAUACAAGUGUCUGUGGGCCAGACAUCUGUUUAUACAGUGGAUGAAAAUGGUAAUUUAUGGUUUCGCCAAAGUAUUUCUCCAAGUUACCCUCAAGGAUCGUAUUGGCAGCAUGUUUCUACUAACGUUCGUAAAGUGUCUGUAGGUCCUCUUGAUCAGGUUUGGAUAGUCGCUGAUAAAGUUCAGGGCAGCCAUAGCUUGAGUUGUGGCACAGUGUGUCAUCGAAUGGGUGUCCAGCCACGAGAGCCCACCGGUAGCAGUUGGGACUACGGCAUUGGAGGUGGUUGGGAUCAUAUUACAAUCAGAGCAAACUCUAUGGAAUCUUCUCAUAAUCUUGUUCCUAUGGCAUCUGAUAAUACGUCAAUGAAUUUGCCUAACCAAGAUGGAACUGUCGGUGAUAAUUCCAGUUUAAUAGUCGAUGAACAGCAGGAACGUAAUGGAAGUGCUUUUAACUGCUGACAGUUUAUACUAUAACUGUUGUAUAUUCUGUUUGGCAGUGUUAUCAGUUUGGUACUGAUCAUCCCUAAUCGUCUCAGACUAUUUCCUUUUUUACAUAAGUAGAAUAUUCUUGUAAUGUUUCUCCAUUAGCACAUCUUAGCUGUUACUCCAGUUCUCACAAGGUUCUCACUUUGUGUGAAAUUCAGUACUAGUGCCAUUUCCUCAAAUUAUACAAUUCUAAAAUGUUCAAAAUCCAACUCAAUAUGUUGGGUUCUGCUCUACUGUGAUGUUGAUCAGACUGUGUUAUAUCUGUAACUCAGUAUUUCUCCAGGAUCGAAAGCCCUCUAGUGCAUUAAUCCACCAUGUUUUCAGGACAGUGUGUCCCAUAAUGGAUCAGGCAGUUUUCUGUUAACGUCAUCACACUGACAUGUAUGGGACAACUCAACACCUGCUGUUAAUCUUUAAAACCUAAUCAAGGGAUAAGUCCUUGACUCAGGACUUCACAAACCAGAGUGAGUUGAGAGAUGGGAACUGGUCCUAUUGUGGAAAGGUGUGCACAUCCAGGGUCUGUGCUGUGCCACCACUGUCAGCUCUUUAAAAAAAAUCAAACAGACAUUAAGUUAUCAUGUGCUGUUUGUUUCAGGUAGCAUUCUGAUUGAAUGUGUAGUCUAUUGAUUCCAGAUGAGUGUCAUUGAUGUUGGCUGUGGUAUGAUGAUGGAUGGUACAUGUGUCAUGGUGCUUCAUAUACUGCAUUGGUGUAGCUUUUGAUGUUGUUAUAUGUUUGACUUAGCAACGUUUUAGCCAAAGUCAUCAGAUUACCUUUGUAAUUCAGGGGUUGAGAUAAAGAGGAGUGAGGGAGAUUUAUGUGCAAACUGGACUAAAGAUUCUAUUUCUGCGCUUUAGAUUCUGAGUUAUUCUGUGAUAUUAGUUAUCCACUAAUACUGAAAAUUCUGAUGCUCAUCAUUAAAUUGACUUGAUAAUAUUACCAGUGAUAGGCCAAAUGUGAACUAAAAUCAGGUAUGGUUUCAAGGAACAUAGAACGAUACAGCACAGAACAGGCCCGUCGGCCCUCGAUGUUGCACCGACCUGUGAACUAAUCUAAGCCCCUCCCCCUACACUAACCCAUCAUCCAUAUGCUUAUCCAAGGACUGUUUAAAUGCCCCUAAUGUGGCUGAGUUAACUACAUUGGCAGGCAGGGUGUUCCACGCCCUUACCACUCUCUGAGUAAAGAACCUGCCUCUGACAUCUGUCUUAAAUCUAUCACCCCUCAAUUUGUAGCUAUGCCCCCUUGCACAAGCUGAAGUCAUCAUCCUCGGAAAAAGACUCUCACUGUCCACCCUAUCUAAUCCUCUGAUCAUAUUAUAUGUCUCUAUUAAAUCCCCUGUUAGCCUCCUUCUCUCCAAUGAGAACAGACCCAAGUCCCUCAGCCUUUCUUCAUAGGGCCUGCGCUCCAGACCAGGCAACAUCCUGGUAAAGAGAUAAUGGGAACUGCAGAUGCUGGAGAAUCCAAGAUAACAAAGUG